UCAAAAUAUAUAAGAUUGAUAUCGGAACAAACGUCUGAUGAAUCUACAUAUGAAUCUAUACAAAAUGUUAAAUGUAUAAAUCAACAGAACAAUAAAAAUGAAGAUAAUCAUGAAUUACAAUCCAAAUCAAGAUCUUUAGAAAGAUCUGAAUUAGAUACACAUGAAUACAAAUUAAGACAUAAUUUACGCCUUAUUAACGAAAGAUAUGCUGAUAGUAUAGUUGAUACUAUGGAUCUUAAUAAUAAGACUAAAGAUAUAUUUAAAACGUUCUUACAUUAUUAUAUGGCUAAGGAAAAUCCAGAUAAACAACGGAAGUUAUAUAAAAAAAUUGAAAGUGAUAUAGAAAAAUACAAUAAAAAUCACGUUAUAUGUAGCAUCCGUAGAUUUUGA